CAUAUUCACAUAAUAACAAUAAUAAUGUUCAAUAAUACAACAACAACCUUCGGCUCCGGCGCCGGCAUCGUCGUCGUCCCACCUCCCGCCGUUACAGUUCCCACCACCGUCUUCCCCGGCACCACCAUCACUUCCAAUUCCACCUUCAUCAUCAUCGGACCUCCACCACCGUUCCCAGCUCCUCCACGGAGCAUCGAUCUCUCUCCUCUCAAACUAAUCUUCGCCGUCAUCGCCAUCGUCGCCGUUCCCGCUUUAGCUUACGCUCUCUUCUUCACCAUCCCUUGUUCUUCCUCCCGCCGCAACUCCUCUUCUCCUCGCCGUAGCACUUCCUCCGACGAUACACCUCACGUCACCGUCGACAUCACCCUGCCGAUCAUCGAGACCACCGUAACUCCUGACUCCGGCGGGAAAAUCCAAAAAGAUACACAUUCCAAGGAGAUCGGAAACGAGUGCACCGUGUGUCUCAUGGUGUUCACCGACGGCGAUGAAAUCCGGCAGCUUAUCGAGUGUAAGCACGCGUUCCACGUGUCGUGUAUUGAAGAGUGGCUUAAGGAUCAUCCUAAUUGUCCCAUUUGCCGAACUGACGUCUCCGUUAAACAACAGACCGAAGCAGCCAACGUUACCGUUAACGUUAACGGUAACGUGAAUCGCAGCGGCGGAAACCGUCGAGUUUCAGCGACUAAUAAUAGAGAUGACGAUUGGCGUCAAGAUUCAUCCUCUGGUUUAGCUCAAAAUCGGAACUUAGCCGCAAAAUCGAAGAUUCCGAGGUUUGCGUAUUUGGUAACGGGAACGAAAGGAGAUGGGAAACGAGUGAAACGACUGCUUAAAGCAAUAUACCAUCCGAGAAAUUACUAUCUUCUUCAUUUGGAUCUCGAAGCUUCAGAUGAAGAGAGGUUGGAGCUGGCGAAGUAUGUGAGAUCGGAGAAGAAGAAGUUUGAGAAUGUUAUGGUAAUGGGUUUAGCUGAUUUGGUUACGGAGAAAGGUCCAACGAUGUUAGCUAGUACGCUUCAUGGUGUUGCGAUUUUGUUGAAGAAAGCUAAGGAUUGGGAUUGGUUUAUUAAUCUUAGUUCUUCUGAUUAUCCUCUCAUGCCUCAAGAUGAUAUUUUGCAUAUUUUCUCAUACUUGCCGCGCUACCUGAACUUUAUCGAGCACACAAGCAACAUCGGUUGGAAAGAGAACCAAAGAGCAAGACCUAUCAUUAUCGAUCCUGGCUUUUACCAUUUGAAGAAAUCUGGUGUCUUUUGGGCUAAAGAACGGAGAUCUUUGCCUGCUUCAUUCAAACUUUACAUGGGUUCAACCAGUGUUGCGUUAACAAGACCGUUCCUCGAGUUUUGCAUUUGGGGAUGGGACAAUCUCCCAAGAACGCUAUUGAUGUACUAUAGCAACUUCCUCUUGUCAUCUGAAGGCUAUUUCCAGACAGUUGUGUGCAACAAUAAAGAUUAUCAGAACACAACGGUUAACCACGACCUGCAUUACACCAACUGGGAUCCGCUUCAACAGCGCACCCUGAAUGUAACGGUUGAGAAUUUCCGCGAUAUGGUCGAAAGCGGGGCUCCAUUCGCAAGGGAGUUUCGAGAGGAUGAUCUCGUACUCGAUAAGAUUGACACCGAGCUGCUAGGUCAAACCGAUAGUGGAUCGGGGUUGAAGACUCCGGAGAUUGUUAAGCCAACGGCUCCUCCGAGCAAUUAUAAUCAGGACGGUGCAGGAGCCUCAGCAACCGGAGGUCAUGUUCUUCGUCCUCAGCUGCAGCCACAACAGCAGCCGAAUCCUAAUGGGAGCGGGGGAGGAGGUGGAAGCGGCGGUGGCUCGAUCCGAGCAGGAUCAAUGGUGGACAGAGCAAGACAAGCAAACGUAGCCUUGCCUGAAGCAGCACUAAAAUGUCCAAGAUGCGAAUCCACCAACACCAAGUUCUGCUACUUCAACAACUACAGCCUCACUCAGCCACGCCACUUCUGCAAGACAUGCCGGAGAUACUGGACACGUGGCGGUGCCCUCCGCAACGUCCCUGUUGGUGGUGGCUGCCGGAGAAACAGGCGUACUAAAAGCAGCAGCAACAACAACAAUAACAGCACUGCUACUAGCAACAACACCAGCUUCUCCUCCGGGAAUGCAUCCACCAUCAGCUCGAUUCUCUCCUCCCACUACGGAGGAAACCAAGAGAGUAUCUUAAGCCAGAUUUUGUCUCCAGCGAGGCUAAUGAAUCCUACUUAUAAUCAUCUCGGAGAUCUCACAAAUAAUACAAAAACAGACAACAACAUGAGCUUGUUGAACUAUGGAGGAUUAAGUCAAGACUUGAGGUCAAUCCACAUGGGAACUUCUGGUGGCUCGCUUAUGAGCUGUGUUGAUGAAUGGAGAUCGGCAUCUCAUCAUCAGCAGCCAACUAUGGGCGGUGGAAACUUGGAGGAUUCUUCUAAUCCUAAUCCAUCCUCAAAUGGGUUUUACCCUUUUGAGUCGCCGAGGAUAACUUCAGCGUCAAUUUCAUCUGCUUUGGCAUCGCAGUUUUCUUCGGUUAAAGUUGAAGAUAAUCCUUACAAAUGGGUUAAUGUCAAUGGUAAUUGCUCUUCCUGGACUGAUCUUUCUGCUUUCGGCUCUUCUCGUUGAGUUCAACCACACAACAAAAAGGAAACUUGAGGGUAUACUUUGGUGGAAAAAACCUAGUUACUAGUUAUUAGGUUAAUUUUGUCUUAUUUUGCGUUUUGGUUUAGUUAAUGUUGUUUACUACUUUCCUCGUUCUCAAUCUAUGGACUAUGUUUCUAGUUCUAGGUAGCUUAAGUUCUUGGAUGUUUUUGAGACUGUUCCUUUGUUAUUUUCGUCAACACUGUCCUUUUGUUAUCUUUCGAUCGAGUUUGAUCAUUACUAUCAAAAUGAACUUAAUGUAUUAGA